AUGUUUCGCACAACCUUGACGUCCAAGGCUUGUAGCAAUGGACUUUCGAUUCUCUCCGCGCAGGCUGGCCCGACCAGCAGAACUUUCGCUACCGUCGCCCCAGUGAGUCCUGCUGCUCCAAGUCACAAGGUUGUCGUGGUGGGUGGUGGGAGUGCCGGUCUCGCCAUCAGCCAUCAGCUUCUCCGGACGGGGAGAUUUGCGCAGAAUGACAUUGCCGUCGUCGACCCGGCCAAGUGGCACAACUACCAACCCGGGUGGACGUUGGUGGGUGGUGGACUCAAGACCAAGGAGGAGCUACGACAGCCGCUGAACAGUUUGCUCGACCCGAAGCUGAAGUUCUACAACGAGGGGGUCAACGCGUUUUCACCCAAGGAGAACUCGCUCACGCUCAGCAACGGCGACAAGGUCAGCUACGAUCAACUCGUCGUCGUGCCGGGUAUUGCUGUGAACUUCGGCUCUAUCAAGGGCUUGCCCGAGGCCCUGGCCGAUCCAAACUCGCUGGUCUCCUCCAUCUACGGCUACGACACUUGCGGCAAGGUGUGGCCCACCAUCAGCAAACUUCGGAAAGGCAACGCCAUCUUCACGCAGCCCGCUGGCGUCAUCAAAUGCGCGGGCGCGCCGCAGAAGAUCAUGUGGCUCGCGCUGGAUCACUGGAAGCGCAGCGGCCUUUACGACGCCGGCAAGGGCGCCGAGUCGCCCAUCCAGAUCAGCUUCGCCACCGCCCUGCCCGGCAUGUUCGGCGUGCCCAAGUACAGCGCGCGGCUCAACGAGCUGCGGCUCGAACGGGGCGUCGAGGCCCUCUUUCAGCACGACCUCGUCGCCAUCGAGGGCAACACGGCGACAUUUUCCCGGCUCGACCAGAAAGACCAGGUCAAGAGACAAUUUGACCUACUGCACGUGGUGCCCAAGAUGGGGCCGCACGAGUUCGUCAAGAACAGCGCGCUGGCCAACGCGGCCGGGUUCGUCGACGUCGACGACGCCACGACGCAGCACACCACGUUCCCGAACGUCUGGUCGGCUGGCGACGCAUCCAGCCUGCCCACAUCCAAGACGGCCGCGGCCAUCACAGCGCAGGCGCCCGUGCUGGUACAAAACCUGACGCGCGCGCUCGACGGCCAGAGCCCCGACGCCACGUACAACGGCUACACGUCCUGCCCGCUGACGACCGAGUACGGCAAGGUCAUGCUCGCCGAGUUCCGGUACGGCGGCGAGCCGCACGAGACGUUUGGCCGCCUGGUCGGCGUCGACCAGGGCACGCCGCGCCGUGCCUUCUGGCACCUCAAAAAGGACUUUUUCCCCUGGGUCUACUACCAGGCCAUGGUCAAGGGCACGUGGGGCGGACCGAAGGGGUGGCUUUGA